AUGGCCCCGGUAGUGGUGGCCAUGAAGGGUCACCCGGGCACCGGCAAGAGCACCCUCGCUCGCGCUAUCGCCGCCGCCCUCAGCUGCCCUCUCCUCGACAAGGACGACGUGCGCGACUGCACUCUCCCCGUCGAUCAAUUCCUCCGCCACCCGACCGGCGGUGCCGGCGGUAGCGCCGCCGCGCUCUUGAACAACCUCUCCUACCAGGUUCUAUGGCGGAUGACGGAGACCCAGCUGCAACUUGGCCUCUCCGUCGUCGUUGACUCCCCACUUUCUCGGAGGGCCCAUCUGGACCGCCUGCUGGAGGCGGCCGGCGGCGCCGCCGCCCGAGUGGUGAUCGUCGAGUGCCGCCCCGGGGACGAGGCCGAGUGGCGGCGGAGGGUCGAGGAAAGGGGCCGCUCCGCCGGCGAGUGGCACAAGCCGGCCAAUUGGGGAGAGCUGGAGGCCCUCCUGGAGGGGUACGGCGGCGGCGCUGACUAUGAUCUCGGCGGCGUGCCAAGACUGGUCGUCGACACGACGGCGGCGGGGCGGCGGAUAGAGGAUCAGGUUUCUUCCGUGAUCCACUUCCUCAACGCAUGA